CAGGGACACAGCAGAUCCGCCGCCUGACAGCAAAAACAUGAUGGUAAGGGAGGGAUGAAGAAUCCUUUUCCAUCGUUGAUGCUCGACGCUAAAAAUUAAGUUUGGUUGAAAAUUUCCACAAUGCAAAGAUUCCCCUUUCUCGUUAUAAGCAAUUUGUUUAAAUUUCUUCUAUUUAAUUCGAAGCUGUUUCACUCACAUGUUUGGUGUUGUAUUUUUUGACAGCAACCUGGUAUAAUUUUGUUAAAGGAGGGCACAGAUUCCUCCCAAGGCGUCCCACAACUCAUCAGCAAUAUAAAUGCUUGCCAGUUUAUUGCUGAUGCAGUGCGGACAACUUUGGGACCCAGAGGAAUGGAUAAACUGAUUGUAAACAGUUCAGGUGGGUUUCAGUUUGGUAACUUUAUUAUUAUUCGAUCUUCCGAUCUUUUAAGCUUAUAAAAUUAACUUAUAUAUUUCCGUUUGUUGGUCGUUUCAGGGAAAGCUACAAUAUCCAACGAUGGAGCUACUAUUAUCAGCCUUUUAGAUGUUGUUCACCCUGCUGCGAAAACUCUUGUAGAUAUUUCUAAGUCACAAGACGCCGAGGUUUGUAUUUUUUUGCCCUUUGUAAUUAGAUUUGACAAGGUGUGUCAUGUACUUAGAUGUACAGCACGAUUAGUAUUUCUCUUUUCCUCCGGUGUUAUGAUAAUGCUGCAAAAAAAAAAUUAGAAAACUGUUUUGCAAAUUCGCCGAUCGCCUGUAAGUGAACGAGGUCAUGCUCUUGUACCCCCACCUAGCACUCCAUCCCUUUUGGGAAAUAAGUGGUGACCUACGAAAGAGCACACAACCUUUACGCACUAAGCAUGAAGGUUGAUCCAUGGGUGACCAGUCGUUUCACCUUAGAGUCGUUUUGCUAAUGCCCUGUUUGCUAAAGUCUUAAGUCGUUCCUCUUAAGAAGCCAAAUGGGCGCUGAGCAUGUGUUUACCUCAUUCUCUCAGCUGUUAUACGAAAAGUGGCGUACACAUGUAUAUACUUUGUUCUUUAAGCCACUGAUCAGGUGAAAGCAGUUGGGAACAGACCUAACACAUAUUCAAAACAAUUAAGACAUUAGCAAACAGCAUGUUGGUGAAAAGACUUGUAGGCGAAACAACCAUAAACCGAUCCAUGGGGAUCAAUACAGUUGAACAUCCAUGUGCAACCUUCUCCUGUGAGUGACCACCUCCUAUAAAUGUUCACAAUCAAAGCCCUAUUGUUGGAACCUCUCCUAAACAACAACCUCCUGGAAGUGAUUGUGACAACUUUUUAUCAUUUGGUGAGGGUUUGUAAUUUUCCUUUGUUUUAAACCUCUUGCAGACAACUUCUUGACACAUAGUCUGGCCUCUAUGUCCUCUAUGUUCAAAGUCUGUACUAGGCUUCUCACCCUUAGAAUGUUUAGUAACAAUAUGGAACUACGCAUGUUGUCACUUAGAAAUUGCGUCUAGUAAUUCUUUACCAAAAGGUAAAUGUUUCGGGACAUUUUCUUUAAUGAGACCACUGGGCUUUGAUUCUCCUAAGCAACCACUAAUUUUUCAUUGUGGAUGGUUUCUUAGGGGAGGUUUGACUGUAGUGGUAAGUAGUAAGUGAAAAGCAUCUUUUUGUCAGGGGUGGUGUGGGUAGGGAGGGGAUGGCUUUGAAGUUUUUGAAUGAUGAAGUGUGAUGUUAUUGUUAUCUCCUUUAGGUUGGAGAUGGAACAACAACAGUCACUCUUCUUGCCAGUGAGUUUCUCAAGCAAGUGAAGCCUUUUAUUGAAGAAGGUGUUCAUGCACAAGUGGCAGUGAAAAGUUUUAGGAAGGCAGCAAAUUUAGUGAGUUUUAAUUCAAUACACCACUGUACUUACAACGAAAGUGCUAUUCAGUAGUCCAGCUGUUAGACUAGUGUCUUUGUAUCGCAAGUUAUGUGAUGGGCAAGCCAACUUUGUAAAUUGCUUUGAUUUAUGACAAAAUAUUGGGUUUGCUCCUUUUAGAGCUCUGGACUAGUAAACUAUCACAACAUCAAAGUUGGUCAAAUCUGAUUGUAUUUUUAUAACCAGGGGCUACAGCUGUAAUUUGUGGCAAAAGUGUUCCAGCUCAUUCAAUUCCAAGCUCGCCCAUACUCCCCCACCUCUUAUCUGUCUCUCUUCUCUAUAGCAGAAUAAAAUGCUGCAGUGGGGGCCCAGCUACUUUUGGAAGAGACUGAACCAUUUCUUUGCUUUUCAUACCUAUUUGAGGUCAUUGAGCAAGUUUAGAACAAGAUCGUGACCCUUAAUUUCAUCAAGAUGAUUUUAAUACUCUAUUUUGUACUGAUAUAUUAACUCGACAAUAUUUGUUUUAGGCAAUAAAGAGGAUUAAAGAGAUUGCUGUGCGUAUCAAGAAAGAUGAUCCAAAGUAAGUACAUGUUGUUCUGUUUUCACUGUCAGUGAUGUACAAUAUUUAUCACCUUUCAUUGUUCUUAUCGGUAUGCCCAUAUGAUAGUUUUUUAUGCUCAUUAGCAGUAAAGCAAAUUCUUGUGUGUUGAAGCUUCUUCAGCAACUGAUGUGAAUCAUGCAGCUUGUUUGCCUUAUGAUAUUGUAUUACAGAGCAGGGGUUUCGCUAAAAAUUGAAGUAGCCAGCAGGUUUAAGAAUAGUAACUGACGGGGUGAACAAGGGAACGUUAGUCCCCAUUCUCUAGGGGGGUCCCGGGGUGUGCUCCUCCAGAAAAUUUUGAAAUUUCAAAGCCCUUCGGUGUGAUUUUCAGCAUUUUUAGGACUAAACUGAGUACCAAAAAGAGUGUUUUUUUCCACUAAGGAAAAUGUUGCCUUCGUUUAAGUAUUAUCAGCCUCACAAUCAAUUCCCACAAGCAAUAAUCAAAUGAUGAUAACGUGAUUACUUACAUUAGCACAUGAACAAACUCUGCGUAAAACCUAUAAAAGAACGUGUGUGAAUAUUUGCGGACUGAAACAUAGCAUUCACAUAACUAAAGCAUAAUAAUUUAUACAACAAGUGGGCCUUCAUGAAAACACAUCAUAAUUACGUUUCGUUCAGAUUUUAUGACUGUAUAUUUUUUGUUUAUGACAUUACAAUAACUAAUUGCUUCUUCUUUUGGAACAAACAAGCCGACUUCUCUGGGCAAAGUAGCCGACAUGUUUCAUCAGUCGUCUGUACUCAUUGAAACCAUUGACAGACAAAUGAAGCUUAACUGGCAUGAACUGAAGGAUACACCCUUCAGUCAGUUUUCAGUGAUGUCAUCUGAAAUUUCCUGUAUCUUUUGUUUGUUACAGUCAAAUAAUAUGGAAGCAUACAUCUAUAGUUAUGGGUACUUAUGUUGUUUCUUUAAAGACAAAAACAUCCGUAAAAAUUGUGUGUGCAUUACAAUACAGAUAAAUACUAAGGAUAGCCCUGUGAUUUAAUCAACUAUUGUAUGUUACAUAAUGCACAAAUGAGGGAAGCAGCAGCAUGUAUAUAAGAUUUUGGAGGACUUUUUGUCAAGGUCAGGGACAGGCCCUGAGCUUCUGGAAGUUUGAUUUCUGUCUACUCUAUUUGGUGUAAAAAAGUGCAUUGACAAUGGCAGAAAAGCUGAAAACCCACACACCUUUUUUCAUUUCCUCAACUACUUUACUAAAGAAUAAGUGACAACCCUGACAUGAUUGCCUCAUGUUGGACUCCUGUGGUUUGUGCCUGGAUUAAUCAACUACAUUGUGUGCUUACAUGAACAUGUGUAUGUUUGCAACUAUUUUUUUUUUACAGAGAAAUGAGAGUUUUACUAGAGAGAUGUGCUGCUACAGCUCUAAGCUCCAAACUGGUAGCUGCUCACAAGGAUUUCUUCUCUAAAAUGGUUGUGGAUGCUGUAAUGUUGCUUGAUGAUCUGCUACCACUCAGCAUGAUUGGCAUGAAGAAAGUGAAAGGAGGAGCUUUAGAGGAUUCACGACUCAUUGCUGGUGUUGCUUUCAAGAAAACAUUUUCUUAUGCCGGAUUUGAAAUGCAGCCUAAAAAGUAUAAGAAUCCCAAAAUAGCACUCCUGAAUGUGGAACUGGAAUUGAAGGCAGAAAAAGAGAAUGCAGAAGUUAGACUUGACAAAGUGGAGGUAACUCACAGCUGUAUAGUAUGUUCCAAACUUUGAUAGUUUCUCUUGAAGUCCUGCAUGGGGAAAACUAGUAAAAUGCACUGUGACCACUAAAUAAUGACUGUUCUUUCAGUGAAAAAGAGGAGUGCUUAUGAUGGUAGCAAAUUUCAGAGAUGUGACAAAUUUUAGAGUCCUUUUAUAAUGUACACCAUCUUUUAUUUUUUUACUAUGAUUGAUUUGAUGCUUUGUAGAGCUGGCAACUACGGGAACGAAAAACUGAAUACAUUCGAACCUCACAUAAGUGUCUGCCCAUAAUGUGAAGAUUUAUUGGUCACUUCUGGAAGGUGAUCAUGUACCAGAAUUAGAGCAUGGGGGGAGGGGGGGGGUCUCUUCUGAGGAGAAGUCUGAACACAUCUACUUUUUGGAGGAGAAUUUAUUGCAUGCAUUCUCUAAGUUAGGGAAGAAUUAGUUCCAGACUGUUAUAAAAGCUCUUUCCCUACUCUGAUCAGUAGUGAAGUACAAUAUAUUAUAGCAAAUGUAGCGAUCAAAUCAGUGGUCAAGUGGUAGCGUACAAGAGGUUGAAAACCUGGGAAAAGUAGAAAAAUGUCACUCAAAAAAGUGAUUGCUCUCACUUGUAGGAGGUGGCCAUUUAUAAAAAGCUGGGCUUAUGGGAGAUGGUCACACAUGGAGCUUUCAAGAUUGAUGUGUUUGUUUUUUAGAUGACUAUUAUAUGCAUUAUUUUGAUCUUUUUGUUAAAAAAUUGAUAAUACAAAUGCGAGAUAGGACUUAAAAUCAUUUAAGCCAGAGAACUCUGGCAUGCCAAAAUGUUAUUAGUUGUGGACAAGACAGUGGGGGAAUGAAAGUACACGUAUUUGUUCAUUUGUUUGUUAAUGACCUGGAGUGUUGUUUCAUUCUGUAUGUACACUGUAGGAAUAUCAGCAGAUUGUAGAUGCUGAGUGGGAUAUCCUUUAUGAUAAACUGGACAAGAUCGUUCAAAGUGGUGCUAAAGUCGUCCUCUCUAAGUUACCCAUUGGAGAUGUUGCUACACAGUACUUUGCAGACAGGUGAGAAGUGUUGAAAUCAAUGACAUUUUAGACUUGAUGGCUUGGUCCCAAGAAGCCUGAAAAAAGAGCCAAAAUUUCGAUGGUUCCCUGCAAAAUGGCAUCUGAGGAAUGACUGCAGAAAUUCCAUACAAAUUUGUCUCGUUGCAGGACCAAUCAGAAGUACUACCCAGAUCUGGGUAGUGACAUAUCAUCAGUAUGGAAUUUCUACAUUUGUGCCUCAGAUGUCAUUUUACAGGGAAACCAGUGAUAGCGUCUAAUGUUGGCUGUUUUCUUAGGCUUGGUCCCUUGAAAAGGAUUUCCUUUUUUUCCUGGGAAUUUCAACACUGAGUUUUACUGGGUAUCAUGUCAGGUUGUGUUGAUUUUAACAACAGAAAAAAAAAACUGUUUCUUUUCCCAUUGAUUUAACCCAUAUUACAUGCAUGUUACAACUAGACCCAUCAUUUCCACUUUCAUAAACCAGGUGUGCCACCAUGAUGUUGGCGUGAUUAUUUUCUGGUCCUUUAGUAAUUGUUGAUUGUUACUUUUUUUAAGGGACAUGUUCUGUGCUGGUCGUGUUGUAGAAGAAGAUUUAAAAAGAACUAUGAAAGCUUGUGGAGGGGCAAUCCAGACGUCGGUUAACAACAUGACUGAUGGUGUGCUAGGAAGAUGUGAAUUGUUUGAAGAGCAGCAGAUUGGUGGAGAGCGGUAUGUGAAAAAGUUAUCUGGGCAUUUUUGGAGGUUGCUUAUUGGAGAUUUAACUGUUAAAAAUGAUGAGCCUGCCAGGCAGUCUGCUGUUUAUUGGCUUAACCAUUUGGUUUUCAGGCAGUCAUAAAGUAGCUAGCCAGCAGAGCACUCUGUUGCUAAGUUGGUUAAACAAAUUUACUGUUAGAAGAACUCCUGACCAGUCAUGAAAAAACCCACACUAUCAAAACAAGAUGAUAGGAUCAGUAGAGUUAUAGGAGACCUUGAAAUAAAGGCUGGCAGCUAACAGAAAUUUGUACCGUUCACAGUCCCAUGUUUUUAUGUAAGAUAGUUGAGAUCAAGUGUUUUGCAUUACGUUGAGCUAUCUUGGUUUUAAAAUAAUGUACUGAUAGGGUGGGCCCCAGGGUUUUUAGGAGUAGGAGGAGGGAGGAGAGAAAAAUGGAAAAGAGGAAAAUAGAGAAUCCUGCCUUCUCCAAAACCGUUCGCCACCUUCUAAGUUGAUUUGAUACUCCCCCCCAGGCUACAUCCGGUGUAUUUGAAACCAAAGUGGCUGACUGUAAGGGUAGACCCUCGAUUUUAAAGAUAUUACGGAAAAAUAGGGGACUGAGUACAGUUUAACUGAAAUUGUUACAAAAAGACUUCGUCAAUACUAAUUUUUUGUUGCCAUAUGUUAGGUAUAAUAUUUUCACUGGCUGUCCUGAGGCCAAGACAUGCACUGUUAUCAUGCGAGGUGGAGCAGAACAGUUCAUCGAAGAAACAGAACGAUCUCUUCAUGAUGCAAUCAUGAUUGUUAGACGAGCUAUUAAAAAUGAUGCAGUUGUAGCAGGAGGGGGAGCUGUUGAAAUGGAGCUUAGCAAGUAUCUGCGAGAUUAUUCACGCUCAGUAGCUGGAAAAGAACAGCUCCUAAUUGGAUCUAUGGCUAGAGCUUUGGAAAUUAUUCCCAGACAGCUUUGUGAUAAUGCAGGAUUUGAUGCAACUAACAUUUUAAACAAACUGAGGCAAAAGCACUUCCAAGGUGAGAAAUUAUCAGUGUUAUGCACGAGAUAACUAACAAGAAUCUUGCAUUGUCCCCCUAAAUAUGAUAAUUUUUGAAACUUCCAGUUAAUUAAUGUACAUUACUGUCUGGUGGAAGAGAUAGGGGUUUUGAAGCAAAUCAAACCAGCAGAAAAUAGCUAGUAGGAAUAAACUUAAUUUCUCCUACCUAGGUAGGGAGAUUAGAAGGAAAUAGGAAUCAGUUUGCAUAAGUCAAAAAUAGAAACUUUUUCAUAAUCAGAGUUAAACUUACAAUUCUUCUCUGACAACCUUUAAAAUUGUAGAUGGACGUAAAAAAAAACAGUAGCGAAAAAAACUGUUUUGGUUUUGAUUUCGUAAAAGCGCAGCACAUUCAAAACCUUGUAAACUUUCUUGGUGGUUGAAAUGAAGAAAGAUAUACUGCAGAGAUUCCAAACUGAUGAUGUUCACUACGAUGGGUAGAUGCUUCUGGCUGGUUGAAAUAAAUUUCCCCACGCGGCUCGACCAAUUAGAAGCACUUUCCAGAUCUGGGUGGUGAAACGUCAUCAGCGUGGAAUUUUUGCUGUCGUUUCUCAGACGUCAUUUCGCCGGGAAACCUGUAGGUUGUUUUCUUAGGCCAUAGUGUUAAUUGUCUUAUAUUUUCUCUCACUUCAGGAGGUAUGUGGUAUGGGGUUGACAUCAAUAACGAAGAUAUUGCUGAUAAUUUUGAGUCGUGUGUUUGGGAACCAGCCAUAGUCAAAAUCAAUGCCAUUACGGCUGCUACAGAAGCUGCUUGCCUGAUUCUGUCUGUCGAUGAAACAGUGAAGAACCCCAAGUCAGGUGGAGAUGGUCCUCCUGCAGGUGGAAUGGGGAGAGGGCGCGGCCGUCCAAGAUGAGAGUUAAAGGAUGCAUUAUUUUAACACUUAGUGUUGCACGGACUGAUAAUGAGGAUUCUAACUUAUAUUGCUCUUAUGGACGUGAAAUCGCAUCAGUUUCAGAAGCAUCACCAUUGACAUGCCCUGUUGUGACAACACACCAUCAACUGAACUGAGUCUCUGGAAUACAGAUACAAGAACUCGAUAAUAGAAGAUUUGUUAUUUAGAAUCCAUUUGCGAGACCUCACUGAAUAAUAAAAGAUUUUACAGGCGUG